AUGCACGCGACGGUGGUCCGGUGGCAGGCAGUGCGGCCACGUGUUGCCAGGGCCCCCGGUGGUUCGCCUUUAAGCGCGACGCCCGCCGCUAGCGGGGCGCCACCGCCGCCGCCGCCGCCGCCGCCACUGCCACGGACUUGGGCCGCUCUUGCGCUACGCCGGUCAAUCAAGCGGGCGGUGGCGCCGGCCUGGGCGCGCCGCCGCCUACGCGCAACAGCGGGCCAAGUGCGCGCCGGGAUCCGCUGCGCCCCCGCUCGCCCCCGCCCGCCCCUGCCGCCGCCUCGCAGGCGCGGCGUUCCCACUGUGCCGCAACAAGUCAGCGCGCGCGACACCCCGCCAGUUAGCCAACUUUAUCUGCAAUCGGCUGCGACGCGCCGCUGCAGGCCCGUGCCCGCGGCGUCGCCCGCAGCUGUCGCGCCAACUCCUCCCCCUCCCCCUCCCCCUGCCCCGCCCACUACUGUGCCGCGGCCUGCCGCAGCAUCGCUCUGCUUUAUAAUUAUGUACGCGCGGCCGGCGGCGCUGUGUUUUAGAUUACAUCCGGACCGGCCGGUACCCGCGGCGGGUAGCUGCCACGCCGGCGCGCCGUACUCGCGGUGUCACGUGGACAGAGCGGCCGGGCGCAGUACUGGUGUCGCGAGGCGUCAGACGCAGCCGUACCGCGCCGACACAGAUGAGCCGCGAAGCGGAAGCCUGAAAAGUGCGGCCCGUCCGUCAGCGGGCGGCGCGCCGGCGUGGUCAGCCGGUGGCGACCGCUGCGGCGUGUCAGCGGCACGUCAGCCGCAGCGGCAGAGACUGCGACAGCCCCCAGCUGACAACUCGCUGACGGCCGCCGCCGGUGCAAAUGACGAACUGUCUAUCGCAUCACCGCCACCGCCACGCCCAAGGAACAAAAAGAAACCGGCAGCGGUAACGUGGGAACGCCAAUUCCGCGAGCCGCCGCGUCAAAGCGGAAAACACUUGCCGCUGCCGUCGCCGCACGACGCGCUGCCGCGCUCUAUGACGGCGGCCGCUGCAGUCUCCAUGGCAACGGCGGCGGCGGCGGCGGCGGCGGCGGCGGCGGCGGUGCCCUCUGGAAACAAACGCGCAGCGCCCCCGCGGCUGCGUCUCAGACAACUGACAGUCUCCGCCCCUGUACCAGACCGCUCUGGGGAAACGAUUCCUUGA